AUGUUUGCCUACGCCCACGCCAUCCACCAGGUUUUCCUCCAGUGUGGGGUGUCUGGUGGCAGAGGCGCCCGGCCCACCGCGAGGCCGCCCUGCACCCCGCCCACGCUGCUGGCGGAGGGAAGACGCCGGGGACUCCGGGCGCUGCGUAGCUUCCGGCGUCGGCGGCGCAUGGCGGCCCUAGGACAUCCUGCCCGGGAGACACCGGCGACUCCAGGCCCAGUGCAGUCCACGGGCAGUGACGCCGCUUCCAGGGCGCAUCCCGUAGGCGGCGAAGGCGACGCAGCCUCUAGGAAGCAAAAGAAGAAGAAAGCCAGGAAUAGGGCCUCUGCGUCUAAUGGAGGCGGGAAGGCCUUGGAAAAGCCAGUCCCCGAGGGUGCCCCCCUAAGCAAGGAGGCCCAGGCGGAGCAGCUGGCUCGGGAACUGGCCUGGUGCGUGGAGCAGCUGGAACUGGGCCUCAAGAUGCAGAGACCCAACCCAAAACAGAAAGAGCAGGCUCUAGGGGCCAUCCGAACCCUGCGCAGUGAAAGAACCCCUCUGCCCCGGAAGAGGCAGCUCAUGCGCUCCUUGUUCGGCGACUACCGGGCUCAGAUGGGAGCUGAGUGGCGCGAAGUCCUGCGAGAUCUCAGGACUGCAGCCCGCUCAGCCCAGGUGCAGCCUGUAGGUGAGGCCACCAGAAAGAAGAGCGGAAGGGUCUGCAGGCCUCGCCCAGCAAGGGCAACCAAGGCCACCUCGGACACUCCUGAGGAAGAGUUUAGGUUCAAUUUCUUUUAGCCUUCUCCCCACCCCAGAACUGUGCCCCUCCCCGGAGGUGUGGGGGUCUGUCUUGAGUGCAGAGCCUUACCAGGAAUGCUCUGUCAGACAGAUGUGGGGUCGGUCCAUCCCUGGCUGGCCAGCUCAUUCGGUGCCGUGGCUGUCAGGUGUCUGUGAGACCAGCAUAUCAAGUCCUGUGCCCCAAGCAGAAGACCCCAUUUGUGGGAUUUCAGAUGAACGGUUCCUGCUGCUGGAAAAGGGGGUCCUUUCAGAAAGGCUCCUGCAGUGCAGGGAAUUGUGAGCAUGUGGCAGGAGCAACGUCUUGCCCGGAGUUCAGGGUUAGACCGAGUGGCUGAGGGUGAGUGGGGAAGCGGCGUGAUUGCGCAUUGGCUCUCAAUGCGGAGAGGGCGUGUUAUCACUCACUGUGGUGCUUUAUGCUGCCUUGUCAUGGUGCCGUAAUAAAACCGUUUCAUAAAAUCGGACGAGUGAGUGUGUGCUAAUUGCCUGUGGCAGACAAGCUGCGGACGAUGCAAACAUCGGGCACUGUGGGUCCAGGCUCUCUCCCAGCACAUGCUCUUUGUGUUGCCUUCAUCCAGAGCAAGUGUCAUCCUCAGGGACCAGUGUGGCCCCGCAGCCUUUGUUCUUAGGUGACCUCUUGGUGUGCUGGCUGCUACAGGCGAGAGUCCCAGGUCUCGUGCUGUAGAGUCGGGGCUGGCAGGGCUCUCAGCCCUCCCCAGGGGCUUUGAUGCCAUGUCUGCUGGCGCCUCCCAGACUUGCGUCCCAGACUAGAUGGGUAUGUGGCGCUCACUCACCUAGUCAGCAUGUCUACCUUGACUGUCAUAGACAUUUCAGACUAAUCCAGAACAUUCCAUUAGCCCCAAAGCCUCCCUUUGUUUUCUGAUUUUGGGUUUGGCAGUACUGCCCGCCCAGUGGACUAGGGCGGAACCUGGGCCGUCCUCGAUUGCUCUGUCUCUGACGCACGUGCUCAGGGCCUCACUGGCACGGGAGCUCUAUCUUCAAAAUAAAGUUCAGAUCUUCCGUGCUUUCUCUGGUUUCUCUGUUUGACCUUCUUGCCCUGGCCCUCUCUUACCCUCACUGAUGCAUGAGCCUCCAGGGUUCAUGCCUGACGCCCACUCUCUCGUCCUGUCUGUAGCCAGGGUGGUUGAUCCUCCAUGCGUGUCCGGUGCUGCUUCUCUGACCAGUCCCUUCCUUGUACCCAGGAUACAGCGUGAGGCUGGUGGGUGGGGCCUUAUGUCAGGCCCACCUGGUUUUAGGCUCCUGACAGCCUCUGCAAUGUGGCCCCCUCCCCCUGUUCCCAUCUUCUUAUUGUUGCUUUU